UGUUAUCGUUACCGAGGCUGCAGGAAUACCCGAAGAGUGCCGAGGAAAUGCUGGAGCAAGGUUAUGCCCCCAUUCUCACCGAGGGCUUCCACCAAUACGAUUACUUCAAGUUCUCCCCACUGGACGCCUUCAGGACGCUCUUCCGGCACGCAGAGGAGAGGGGCACCAUCUAUCCCUUCGGCAGGAUCGAUCACAAGACGGCUCUCCAAAGGUUUAGCAAAGGACGUGUCGCUUCUAUUAUCACACCGCUCGGCAUAGUGUUUCGGCAGAACAGCGGCGCCGGGCCCCAGCAGCCGUGCCCCUUCUACGUGGAGUCAGCGCCCUUGAACCUUGGCUUUAUUUCGAUAAUCCUGCAGAAAAACUCCUUCUUCAGUGAAAUUAUCAAUACAAGGCUGCGGUGGCUGAGGGAUAGUGGAAACCUGAAGGAGAUUUACGGCCGCUAUAACAUGAUUCAGUGCGUCCCCAGCGGCAGGGCGAGUGGCACCUCCCGCCCCCUGUCCCUCACCGUGCUGCUCGGCGCCUUCGUCAUGUGGGUCUGUGGUUUCCUCGUCGCCUGCAUCACCUUCCUUCUCGAGUUCCUGUCGUCACGUGGCUAAAAGUCCUAGGCGAAGGAUACUUUUAAAGGAUAUCGAUGGUGUUGAUAGGAUAGACUUGUGGAUUUUGUGUUUCUCAGUAGUAU